GGGGAAUGGUCUCAUAAAAUUUGAGGAAUGUUAUACAUUGCUAAAAAGGCUUGUUUUCGACGGCCAGAAACAUAAGUUGGGUUCAGUGAUCAGGAAAACCUAAAAGUUAACGUCUGUUGGAAAGUUCAGAACUAUUUGGUCGCAGUUGCAAAUGAGAACUUGUUCUCAACUGGCCUACCUGGUUAAAUAAAGGUGAAAUAAAAUAAAUAAAUGUCGAUGAACAUGGCGUCCGACAUCAGUCCAGCAGGGGGAGAAGGAGGGCCACAUACCACUAUGGUGGGAGGAAGUAAACCACUGCACCGCUUCAUCAGAGGCGAGCCAAAGAGCACUGGGAUUGUAAUGAUGUUCCUGGGAUCAUCACUCUUCAUCUUGGGGAUUCCAAUGAGGCUGGAUAUACUGAUGUCCUCUGCUGAGACUUUCACCCCUUUUUGGCUAGGAAUCCUGUUCAUCAUCUCUGGGUUGUUAUAUGUGCUCACAGAGAAGAAUCCUUCAAAACAACUGGUGACAGCAAGCCUGGCCCUUAGUAUCAUCUCUAUGUUGGGGGUCACAGUGGCUUUCUUUGAAUUCCUUAAAGGCAUCCUGCACAUUCGGCAAUCACAUGACUACUAUGAUCAUUACAACUAUGACUACAACGCCACAGAAUCUGGCAGAGUUGUAGUCCCCUGGCGUAAACAACAUAUGUACCAGUUGAUCAGCCUCGAGGCUGUAUUUAUGUACCAGAGCUUAGUAGGCAUGGUGGUCCUAAUUGUGAUGACAUCAUUUGCCAGGGUUGCCCUGCAUUCCAGCAAGACACAGGCAGUUGUGGUAAUGCAAGAUCUACCAUCACCAAACUGAAUAAAGAAAACAAGGCUUUUCUGACUGUCUCUGCCGUGAUGAAUAGAUAGAAAAUGUGGACUUGCCCAUUGAUAUGAAAUAAAUGUAUUCACAAAUAUUUAGAACAUUUCUUUAAAUCCACAUAUAUGGAAUUGUCUUUGUAUACACUCAUCUUUCUAUACACUUGUACUUUGUAAUAAAUAUAACACCAGUCAAAAGUUUAGACACACCUACUCAUUCAACGGGUUUUCAUUAUUUUUACUACUUUCUACAUUGCAGAAUAAUAGUGAAAACAUCAAAACUAUGACAUAACACAUAUGGAAUUAGGUAGUAACCAAAACAGUGUUAAAGAAAUCAAAAUAUUUUAGAUUCUUCAAAGUAGCCACCCUUUGACUUCAUGACAGCUUUGCACACUUUUGGCAUUCUCUCAACCAGCUUCACCUGGAAUGCUUUUCCAACAGUCUUGAAGGCGUUCCCACAUAUGCUGAGCACUUGUUGGCUGCUUUUUCUUCACUCUGUGGUCCAACUCAUCCAAAACCAUCUCAAUUGGGUUGAAGUUGGGUGAUUGUAGAGGCCAGGUCAUCUGAUGCAGCACUCAAUCAUUCUCCUUCUUGGUCAAAUAGCCCUUACACAGCCUGGAGGUGUGCUGGGCUCCCAAGUGGUACAUUAUUCUAAGGCACUGCAUCUCAGUGCUAGAGGCAUCACUACAGACCCUGGUUCAAUUCCAGGCUGUAUCACAACUGGUUGUGAUUGGGAGUCCCAUAGGGCGGCACACAAUUGGUCCAUCGUCGUCCGGGUUAGGGUUUGGCCGGGGUAGGUCAUCAUUGUAAAUAAGCAUUUGUUCUUCACUAACUUGCCUAGUUAAAUAAAGGUGUACACAAUCCUAUUGAAAACAGAUGAUGGUCCCACUAAGUGCAAACCAGAUGAGAUGGUGUAUCGCUGCAGAAUGCUGUGGUGGCCAUGCUGGUUAAGUGUGCCUUGAAUUCUAAAUAAAUCACUGACAGUGUCACCAGCAAAGCAUCCCGACACCAUCACAGCUCCUCCUCCAUGUGGGAACCACACAUGCAGAGAUCAUCCGUUCACCCACACCGCGUCUCACAAAGACAUGGCGGUUGGAAUCAAAAAUCUUAAAUUUGGACUCAUCAGACCAAAGGACAGAUUUCCACCUCUCUAAUGUUCAUUGCUCGUGUUUCUUGGCCCAAUCAAGUAUUUUCUUGUUAUUGGUGUCCUUUAGUAGUGGUUUCUUUGCAGCAAUUAAACCAUGAAGGCCCGAUUCACACAGUCUCUUCUGAACAGUUGAUGUUGAGAUGUGUCUGUUACUUGAACUCUGUGAAGCAUUUAUUUGGGCUGCAAUUUCUGAGGCUGGUAACUCUAAUGAACGCAUCCUAUGCAGCAGGGGUAACUCUGGGUCUUCCUUUCCUGUGGUGGUUCUCAUGAGAGCCAGUUUCAUCAUAGAGCUUGAUGGUUUUUGCGACUGCACUUGAAUAAACUUUCAAAGUUCUUGAAAUUUUCCAUAUUGACUGACCUUCAUGUCUUAAAGUAAUGAUGGACUGUCGUUUCUCUUUGCUUUUGAGCUGUUCUUGCCAUAAUAUAGACUUUUACCAAAUAGGGCUAUCUUCUGUAUACCACCCCUACCUUGUCAUAACACAACUGAUUGGCUCAUAUGCAUUACAAAGGAAAGAAAUUCCACAAAUGAACUUUUAACAAGGCACACCUGCUAAUUGAAAUGCAUUCCAGGUGACUACCUCAUGAAGCUGGUUGAGAGAAUGCCAAGAGUGUGCAAAGCUGUCAUCAAGGCAAACACUGUCUGUUUUGGUUACUACAUGAUUCCAUAUGUGUUAUUCCAUAGUUUUGAUGUCUCCACUAUUAUUCUACAAUGAAGGAAAUAGUGUUUUUUUAAUAUGUAAAAAAACUGGAAUGAGUUGGUGUUUCCAAACUUUUGACUGGUACUGUAAAUUGCUCAAUUAGGGCCUAUGUAACAGUAUAAGAAAAUAUUCAAAAACACAUCUUUGUAUUUUCAAAAUAUACUUCACUUUCAAAAUUAAACAACAUCCAUGUAGUGCAAUAGAAAAGGAACAUGAUCAUUAUAGAGGGGUUAUUUGUUUAGCAAAAACACAGACGCAUGAGCAGCUACGGUGCAAAACAGACAACGGGGUUGACUUAGAUUGUUGACAACAUGUAAGCUAUAUUUUACUCUCCAAUGUUUAUUGAAAACAUAAAUACAUUUGCACAAUGA